UCAUAAACCAAUUCAGAUUUAUGUACUACACAAGCUAUAAAUAUGUGGGCCGUGCAGACAUGGAUGGGAAAUAUAGCGUUGAGCUAAUCAAGGGAAACCAUGUUGCAGAAGCAGAAGGUCUAGCAAUCGACUUUAUUAAUGACCAUCUAUACUGGUCUGAUUCAAAGUACGAUACAAUACAGCGUUGUGAUCUUGAUGGAGAAGACUGUGUUACUAUAGUGAACAUGACGGGAACAUAUCUAUUCGAGGAAAUCAAAGACCUUGUCACAGAUGGAAAAUAUUUGUAUUAUUCCGCACUUAGAAAAGAUCAUGUCGUUCGUGUGGAGUUGAAACCACCGUACACCAGGACUGUAGUAGGACAGAAUCCGGGCCUAGGAAAUCUUUAUACGAUCGCAUUAUACAGCAGCACAAACAAAAAUGUACAACCAGUCAGUAAUGCAUGUAAAGCUCGCAAUGGUCGUGGAGACUGUAGUACAAUAUGUUUGCCGACUCAUAUUGGUAGAUCAUGUGCAUGUGAACCAUGGAUUGCGCUUAAAGCCGACGGUCGAACUUGCUCCAACGUUUACCAGUGUACAGAUCUUAUUCAGCAGACAGUAUUACUAAGUGGGGGCAAAAAAGUUGAGGUUGAUGUUACGUUCCGCAGAUCUUGUCUACGAUACCUUCACAGCAAAUGCAGAUAUAGGUGUUCAGCCAAUUUCGUGCCAAUUUUUGACACCGUUUUAACAUGCACGUAUGUGGGAUGGGAUCUGGAGUCAGAAACGCUCUGUAAAGAAUUAAGAUGUCCAACUGUUAUUGACAACGGCCAGCUUGAUUCAAAUUGUACACGAGAAGUGGGCCGGACAUGUGAUUACCAGUGUAAUAAGGGGUUUACAAAGACUUCGGAAAUUGUCGUUUGUACCAAUAACGGAACGUAUCAUAUUCCGGAAAGUGAAUUCUGUGCAGUGGUAAAAUGUCCGUCAACAAUACCUAAUGGAGAAAUUACUGGAACAUGUAACCAAACAAAUGGAGAAACAUGCGAGUUCAAAUGUAAUUGUGGUUUUAAAGCAGUCAGCUCCCUUCUUAAAAUAACGUGUAAUAGCACCGGACAAUGGGAUGCAGCAGACAACGUCUGCCUUGAGAUCAAAUGUCCAGGUACUAUUAACAAUGGAAAACUAAGUCGAGACUGCCAAAGAAAAAUUGGUGACAAAUGCAAUUAUGAAUGCAAUGACGGUUUCGUUAUGACGAGGGAAAAAGUUGUCUGCACAGAAAAUGGAACAUACGAUGUACCAGAAAAUGGUGUUUGCACGCCAUAUAAAUGUAGUGAUACAAUUGAAAAUGGUAAACUGGAUAAGGGCUGUGCAAGAACUCUUGGUGAAACGUGCACGUACAGGUGUAACAAAUACUUUUCUCCAACAUUCAGUGACAGACAAACUACCUGUCAAGCUGACAGAUGGAAUCCAGAUUCCUCCGCUCUUUGUAAAGAAUCUGUGUGUGAAAAUAAUUCGCUGGCAAAUGGAAAUAUCACAGGAAAAUGCUUGGGUAAACUUGGUGACACGUGCACGUUUCGAUGUAACCAAGGUUUUGUCAACACAACAAAUGUAGCCGUUUGUUUAGAUGAUCGUGUAUGGCAUCCAAAGGAUCUAUGCGCCGCAUUUAAAUGUAGUGAUACAAUUGAAAAUGGUAAACUGGAUGAGGACUGUGCAAGGACGCUAGGUGAAACGUGCACCUACAGGUGUAACACAUACCUAUCUCCAACAUUCAGUGACAGGCGAACUACCUGUCAAGCUGACGGAUGGAAUCCAGAUUCCUCCGUUCUUUGUAAAGAAUCUAUAUGUGCGAAUAGUUCCCUGGCUAAUGGAAAUAUCGUAGAAAAAUGCUCAAGUAAAGUUGGUACCACGUGCAAGUUUCAAUGUGAGCCAGGUUUUGUAAAUACAACAGAUGUAGCCGUUUGUUUAGAUGACAUAUGGCAUCCGAGGGACGCAUGUACAGCUUACAAGUGCAGCGAUCAAAUUGAAAAUGGAGCAUUAGAAGAUGGAUGCACAAGGACGAUCGGUUCUUCGUGUCAGUUCAGCUGUAACAGAUAUUUUAAGCCAAGCAUCGCAACGAAGCUGAUUACCUGCCAGGCUACUGGAUGGAAUCCGGUUACAACUGAACUUUGCAAAGAAUCAGUAUGUGAGGACAAAUCUCUAAGAAAUGGGAUAACAAUGGGACAAUGCACAAGUAAAAUUGGCGAGACGUGUAUGGUACAGUGUGAUAAAGGUUACGUAAAUACAACCGACAAAGUCGUUUGCCAGGAUGACAGUACAUGGCAUCCUUCUGACUCGUGUACAGCAUUAACAUGUAGUGAUGAAAUUGAAAAUGGUCGUUUGGAUCCAGGAUGUGCAAGAACAGUUGGUACAUCUUGCAAAUACAGGUGUAAUGAAUAUUAUACUCCAAGUGUAAAAGACUUGGAAAUUAAAUGCCAGGCCGAUGGAUGGAGUCCUGUUUCAACUGAUCUCUGCAGAAUUUCUGUAUGUGAGGACAGUUUCCUCUCCAAUGGAAACAUAAUAGGAACUUGUUCUAAAGCAAUUGGUGACGUUUGUGAGUUCCAGUGCGACAACGGUUAUGCAAAUACAACUAACUUUGUUGUCUGCAAAAGCGACAAAAUGUGGCAUCCUAGGGAGUCUUGUAAGGUUGUGAAGUGUCCUACUACAGUUCCAGACGGAGAAAUCACAGGAACCUGCGAUUUUUCCAUAGGAGCAAAAUGCACCUUUAAAUGUAAUGCAGACUUUACUGCAAACGAACUUUAUCAAAGUAUCACAUGUAACAACAGUGGACAGUGGAACGCUUCGGAAGAACUUUGUCUUGUAUCAGAGUGCAAGGACAGUUCACUGUCUAAUGGAAAGGUUACAGGAAACUGCAAGAAAAUGGUUGGCGAGACUUGCUCUGUAACGUGUAAUCAAGGUUAUGUCAAUACAACCUCAGUGGCUAUCUGCAGAAAUGAUUACAUGUGGCAUCCGACGGAGUUAUGUAUACGUAAGUGCGUAGAAAUUAUAUGUUGUCGAAUAUAUUAAUACGUAUCAAUACACAUUUUGUCGGAAAUUUAAUGACCUGUUUUUAUACCCCGCGAUGCACUGACCUGAAGAGAGCAUAACCUAAGUUACUAGGUCAAAGGCCUCACAUUGAUGUCAAAAUGUUUGUCUUUAUAAAAUCCAGGCAAUGUUUGAAACAGUGUCAUCGCGGU